CAGUGAUCCCGCCGGCCGUGAGCGCGCCCCGCGGCAAACGCGCGCGAGGUUCGAGGGUGGCGUGCGGAGAGCGCUCCGGUCGCGGUGCGGGAUGGAGGACGAUCUGAAUCAUUUAAAAAAAGGCUACAGAACAAGAUUCUGCCAUGGAGGAGGAAAUAAGAUUGAUCUACAGCCAGGUCAAAACAUACUGAAAUUUGUAGAGGAUUGCUUUGAAAGUUGCAGCAGUGAUCUUAUAAUAAACUCUCCAAGUUGCUCAACCUCUGUUUUGAAAAAUGAGAAGGGGACUUCGAGGCAAAGGCACAAGUCAGGGUCAACCAACUCUGUGAGAAGAGCCUGUAAUUCUGCAGAACCCUCACCUACAUCACUGCUAAAACCAGUSAGCAGCAGAGGACAGUCAUGUGAAUCACACCUGAAGCCUGCAACAGACGAUUAUGUAGCUGCUUCUAAAAAGCCAGAAUCUCCUGUGUCUACAAGUGAAAAAAAUAAUACAUUAAAACAUAUGGAAGCACUGUGCCAGCGUCCAGAUGUGCUUUUGGACUCUGAGGAUAAUCAUGAGUCUGUUGGAUCACCUUUUCCUGUGGAGGAAGCAAAAACUUGUCCUGUAGUUAAAUUGCGUUCUGAUAACUGGAAUACACCAGCUGCAGCCAAGAGCCAUGGAGAAAUUAAAAAUUUGGAAGAACAGCCUGGGAGAGAUGAGCAGGUGGAAGGAACAAAACAUGUUACUGUGUCUUCUGCCAGGAAGAAGUCUUUUUCUUCAGCAGUCUUAGCAGCUGUAGCAACGCGUGGACAGAGAUAUUCAGCCUCAGUAUCACCACCAUCACCUCAUCCUGUGAAAGGUCAAGAUAUAGAAACAGAAAAUGAAUGUGAAUUUUUAAUUGAUGAAUCAGGUGGUAUAUCUUCCACUUCUUGGAUUUCAAUACCCAGUAAAAAACCAAAAAACAAUGGCUCUGCAGGUCCCAUUUCUAAAUCUCAGCCCUCUGAAAAGAAGAAGACACAGAAUAAGAAAGUCAGAAACAGAAAAGUAGAGGCUAAAGCACCUACUAAACAGAAACUGGAUCAUCUGGGUGUUAGAGCUUUUGACUUCGAAGGAACGUCAGAAUCAGAUUCAAUCUCUGAUAGUGAAGAAAAGGUCCAUACAUCUCAAACCAAAAAGAGUACUCGUAUGGGAAAGACUAAAAAGGAUGCACUUAGACAAAACCCUCCAAAUGAGAAAAAGAACACAUCCUGGAAACUAGAAGCUGAAGAACUGAUGUCACGGUCUGGAGUGAAAACAAAACCAUCUGAUGAAGAGCAGUGUAAAACCAGGAAUCUGCUAAAUGAGGAUUUGUCUGUGUCUUCAUCUGACCAUCAGGAAGAGCAGACUGUGUCUUCAAAAAUGUCUCUCAGGUCUUCCAAGAAUCUGCAGUUGUCUUCUAAAGCUUCUUCACAAUUAGUUAAGAAGAAACAAACUGCUAAGCAAAAACUUCCAGAAGUUAAAGUAUCUGAGAAAGGGACAGCAAGUCCAAGGAAGAAGCUUAAAAAAUCUGUCCGGAAAAAUAGUAAUAAAAAGCCUCAGUUGCAAAGAGAGGAGAGUUCUGACAGUGAACCUAGUGAGGAGGAGCUUGCAAGAGAGGCUGUAGAAUUGAAUGAAGUAUGCACCACACCCUUGCAUCAGAAGUUAGAGAGUCCCAUGAUUCCAAAGUUCACYAAGACUGAAAAGCCUAGAAAUGUAUUGCACACAUCAGAGUCACAUGGUGGUGCAGAUGAGGGAACUCCUGUAAAGGCACUGCAGCAUCCCAUGGACAGUGUGAAGAAUCCUGAAAAGAAACGGUUGUCUGCCAAGUCUUCAGGGAAGAGACCCAAAAAGAUCCCACGUAGAACCAAUAAAGCUCUUUGCUCAAGCACUGAGGACACUGAAUCUCAAGCAGAUUCUGACUCUUCUGUACAGGAUAUGGCAAGGGAAAAUCAGAAGUUACCACAUGUGAAAACAAAAAGUAACAAAAGAAAACAUAAUAGGCAACACGUGCCACAGGAUUCCUUUGUAGCUGAGAAGGUUCCRGGUUGUGAAAGUGGGCCUGUUGACCUCCACCAUCCAGAUUGUGACAUAUUUGCUUGCAGCAGUCCUGAACAGGAUAAUACAUCUUCAGAUGAAUGUGAAGACUGCAAUUGUAAAUUAAUACAGCUGUUGUCAGAGGACAUAGCAAGGCGUAAAAUAGUWAUGCCUUCCAACACACCUAAUGUUCGUCGGACAACAAGGAUACGGCUAAAACCUCUAGAAUAUUGGAGAGGCGAACGAAUAAAAUAUGCUAUGAAWCCUUCAGGAGAGCUUGUGCUUAGUGGACUAGUGCAUCCAGAAACACAAUCUCCCAAGAAGAGUAAAAAGAGGAGGGAUCCUCCCAAGCAGAAAAGAGAUAAAACAAAUACAGGAGACAUACCUGCAAGUUGGGACCACACCCUAGCUGAUACUUCUAAGCCAACCACUGUACUGGACCCAGAAACAAAUGAGGAAGUACAUCUAGAUUGUGUUAACACUGCAAGCAGUAACAGUUACUUCUUCAAAGAUGAAGCAAUAGAAAUAUACAAAAAUUUGAAUACAUCUGUUUUUGCAACUGGUAGAUUGAUUCUGAAACCAUUUAAAGAAAAGGGGCACCAGUUUGUCCACAUGGAUACAAUAGCUUUCCAUAUUAUUCAUGGCAAAAUUAUUGUUACAUUACACAAGACAUCGUAUUGUCUGACUACAGGGGACUUCUUCUACGUUCCAGCAGGAAAUGGAUAUAACCUACGUAAUCUUCUGGAUGAAGAAAGUAUUCUUCUCUAUACACAACUCAAAGACAGGUGAAUGAAGAACUUUCUGCUGAGAAGUUUGCUUAAACAAAUUUGUUGUUUUAAAACUUUUGUAUGUGCUGAAGUUCUUUUUACAUACAAAAACUUGAGUGAGCCCGUCCUAACAUUACAAAUUAAUACAGAGCGGCUGAAAUCAACAUAAGAAGAGUUGAGAAAAAAAACAGAAGAACGUUAUAGUUUGCUGUCAAAGUGAAAUGACACACUGAGGGCGUUGCUCCGAAGCAGUUAUUGUUCUUGURCCAACCAGUGACAGAAAGAUACAAGUAUGUACUGUGUUGGUAUAUUUGUUGUUCCAAAUGUUAUCAAUAUGCUUAAUCUCCCUCAAGAUGCUUAGCACUGGAAAAAUGUUGACAUCUUCAGCUAACAUCUGAUAGAUAGUCUUAAUGACUGGCUGGUACAACCAGCUUAGAAUAAUCUCUAUUUAAAUGACAAACCUGCUGUUUGCAUUCCAGUAAUUGUUGUCUGGGAGAUGGGCUGCUAAAAUUAUGUUGUGCUGGGGUCCAGCCACCUUCUCAUAUGUUAACGACAGGCACUCCUUCCUUGUCUGGCAGCUGGAUGAUUAGUGCCUCCAAUUUGAAUAGGAAAAUAGGAGCUCUUAAGUAAGAGCUUAUCAGUUGUGUCUUUUGUGUGGAAGCUACAGCCUGAUUAGUUCUGAACAUUGUUGAUAGCUUUAUUUUGUGUAACAUCGAYAGGUCAUUGCCAAAUGUAUUACUCUAAUAUCUCCUUUUGAUUUGCUUGCUGUGUUCCUGGAUAAUAAUGAGGACCUUUGGGAAAGCUGUAAUUAUACUGUGUACUCCAGAAGCCAAGUCUAGACAGCAGAUGGUAUACAUAGCAUUUGUCUCCCAAGCUCUUCGAGGAUCCUUCUGGCUCAAGAUAAGGAUAAACUGCAGCUAUUCUGCAGUUUGGUAUGGUGCUUUCUCUCUCUGGGCACUGCUGUACUCUAAGAGAAGGAGAUAAGGAGAAUUGAAUUGGAAUCGUGAACUUUUAAGGACUUGAKGAUUGAGCACUAACCUUGUAAGCMRUCUUGGCCAUGAUCUUUAUGCUAARUCUAGAGUAUACAUUAAAGAAGGAAAGAGGAAUUGGCUUUCAGCUGCCAGCUAACUUCCUGUGUUUAUGAAGGGGGUUAGACACCAAGAUUAUCAUGCCUCUGUAAAAGAUGCUUUGGAAUUUGAAAUAAUACUUUCUGUCAUUCUCUUCCAAGCAGUAGUUCCUAUGGUUAAUGCAUAUGUAGACUGUGUUUUUUCAUUCAUGGCUAAGUCAUGUGUAACUCUUGAGAAAAUGAAACAUGCCCACUGCCAUUUAGUUCUGUCUUGAAACAAGCUAUUACUAUCAGAGUUCAGACUGCACAGAAAGACCUUUUUUUUUUUUUUUUUGCCGGGCUUAACUUUUGUAAGCAGUUUAAGAGUUAAAAAAGUUAAUUUAGGUAGUASGUAUAAAUUUGAUGUUGGCAGCUUUUCUAAAUUGAGGGCUUGGGCUGGCCUCUUCAAGGUCAGCAAGAUUCAAGUAGUGUCCUUCCUGUGUUGGAACCAUAUCACCUACCAGAUGGGCACACAUGCUGGUCUCACUGCUUGAGGGGAUACCACUCACUAAAACGUUUAGUUUUUAAGUAUUUCAACUCCUCAGGCCUACAGAGAUCUGGAAUUUUGCCACUUGGAAAAAGAGUACAGGGCUAGGAUUAAACCAAAGGCUCUGCUUCUAACUCAAGCAGAUCUCCCAACAUUCAGGCCAUGGAUGUGAUGGUGUCUGAUCCCGGCAGCAAACUGGUUCCACUUGAAAAUCAGAACAAGAAAACUAUUUGGUUGUGUUAAUGACCAGGGAGUUCUGAAUGGAAGUACCCUGCAAAUGUUUUUUUGUCUUAUCUGUCUGCAGAUUGGGUAGCAGAAGGAUGGACACUGAAGGGGUUAGUAGAGGUGAUUUAUGUGGAUGGACUACGGAGCGUGUGGUCCUGAAGAAAAAUGUGGGUCGAUCCUGUGGCAGAGUUCAGCAGGCUGCUCCUUGCCCAGGAUGUGUUUUCAUUUGGUGGGCUGAGAUGAGAACUUACAACAUUACCCACGUGUAUCAGGCACUGAUGUGUCUUCCCCCACCAUACUGUGCUGCAACUUAGCAGCAAGAUUUUGAGGGGUUUUCUUUUGGGUGAGGAGAAGUAUGUGCUUCAGGAUACUUCCUUAAGCRGAAGUGAUGUGUGCAGGUCUUUUCCUGACAGGCUGGAAAGCGCAGUUGUUCAUGUGCAGGCUCGAGGUCAGCAUGCUGGUUUGUGUUGUCCUGAUGGUAGGCUGGGAUUGUCAAGAGAGCUGGGUGGACUUGGCAAAGGAUGUCACUUUUUAGGUGGGAUGGUUUUGUUGCUUUCUGACUUACCGGUUUCUUGGGAGAGAUGUC